AUCGAGAAAUGAAGAAUGAAGAAUUCCAAUUAUCGGAAUUAUCAUCAAAUGAAACUAUUCAUCCUGAAGCAUCUCUCAUAAGCAAACCUUUGCCUCCUUUACAAAAUUUAACUUUAGAUCUUAACAAAUUUUUUUGA